AUGGGAACCGUGGAAACGUUGCUUAAGGCGUACUUCCAAUGGUUCCACCCAUGCUUCCCUGUUGUGGAUGAGGUAGAUGUUUGGACGAGCUUCAAGGAUGGCACCUUAUCCCCUUUGCUCCUACACGCGAUCCUCUUCAUAGCUGUCAUUCACUGCAAGGAAGAUGAUCUACCAGCCGUUGGACUCGGAGGCCGUCAUGUUGCCAAGUGGGUGUUCUACAAUCGCGCAAAGGACAUUUACGACGUCGAGGUUGAGCCAAAAAAGUUCACAGUCACCCAAGCUUUGUUUCUUAUGAGCUUUUGGAGAGCUGGAUUGCUCCUAGAGAAGGACGCCCGGCACUGGCUUGGCGCAGCCAUCAGUCUUGCUCAGACGAAGGCGCUCCACCGAUCCUCGAGAUCCGCUGUAACCGAGAAGAGGACCGAGAGACUUUCUAGACGCUUGUGGUGGGCCAUCUAUGUCCGCGAAAGGCAGUGUGCUGCAGCAUUGGGCCUACCAAACCGGAUUCGAGACGAAGAUUGUGAUAUUGAGCCGUUAGAGCAACUUGAUUUCGAGCGUGCGUUUGACUCGACGUUGCCGAUUCACAAAGCCCAAGAGUAUAUCGCAUACUUCAUCAGCAUUGCUCAACUCUCUAGAGUACUGGGGAAGAUCGUUCAUAGCGGAUACCUCCCCAGCAAGUCACUAUCCCCGAAUGAUCGGUCUCAAAUGAGAGACGACCUCGUGAGAUGGAGACAGCAACUUCCUGCAGUCAUGUCCCUCGCCAACAACGAAUUUGAUGAUGCGGCGGGCUUUCAUGCCAAUCAGGUUGCAUUGGCAGUGCUGAAGAAAGUCAAGAAGUCGACGGGCAGAUCGCCCUCCAGGCUGCGGCAAGGAACUCCCGCAUCAUCGAGGAUAUGCUGCUGGAGGGGGAUCUGCGUCACGGGCAAAUUCACGUCAUAA